CAACGGUCGGAAAUUUACACCUUGACCCCAACUUAAAACCCUAAUUUUCAACAGGAGUUCCAAUUUUCAUGGACAGCAAGAGCAAGAUCCUUCCCAAGUUCCUAUUCUGAUCAUAAUCGAUCGCUAUGUUUGGGAUUUGACGGUUAAAGUAGUUGAUUCAGUUACCCCCAUCACUGCGAGCGCGCACUGACAACUAGUUCUGAAGAAACAGGUUUCCCGGUUUGGGAUUGGUAGCAAUCAUCAUCAUCAUCAUCAUUAUCAAUCCUUAUCAUUAAUAGCGCUUCCAAGGUAGUCUUAAUGGGCUUAGCUGGCCCAAAACGGCAAGUAUCGAAGACGUUUUGAUGGUAUUGCCCUGCGUUCUUAUGCUAUGAAAAGCCGCAAGAAGCUACCCCACCGAGGGCUGCUUUCGCGAAUGAUUUCCUGCUUAGGUUUGUGCCCAUGAUUUCUGGGUUUGCUUUCUGAAAAUAACCGAUUCCGCCACUGGCAAUGAAGAUUUUGCGCUUGACUCCGUGGUCUGUGACUCUAAUUAAAGUAUCAUACCAAACCAAAAGGAUGGAGAAGGGGAAAUUUACACAAGGGAUGCCUUUACUAUUCUUCUGCUAUAAAGUCCAAAUCGAAGAAUCCCACUGGCGUCGGCAAUCUCCUUCUUUCGGAGGAGUGGGUUCUGAAGCAAGCAUCCAUCUCCAUUUGGAUCAUUGAUGUUCCAGCCGAGGGUGUUCUCAUUCAGAGGAAUGAAGGUGGCGCCUUUCUCAUGCGCACCAACUGUUCCACAUAUGGGCCGUGUGGGUUGUAAUGGUUUAAUUACUGUGAAUACAUACUGGGAAUUAGUAGGUGGUUUAAGAUUAUGUUUAAAUCCCAUGAUAAGGAUUUUUUACAUAAUUUAUGUUUCUCAUCUAACAAGAAUUUAAUUUAGUUUGUCAAUUUAAUUCUCUUCUAAAUGAAUUAUUCCUGUGUGUGCAGUGAGCUAGGUACGAGGAGUUAGUCAAAUUUACCAAGCAAGAAAUCAAGGGAUACCGAAGACAACAUGAACUUGGUGAGAUGUUGAUGAGGAAGCAAAGAAUUUGGCUAAAGCUCAUACCAUGGACCUUCUCAAUUUGGAUGUUAUUCCAACUAAAAAGAAGUUUAGAAGAGGAACAAUUUUGGUUUCUUUUUCAUUACAAAUUAUAGAUACACUGGCCAGACUUGGGCAGCAAUGGAGGGCUUAUAUGCAUCGGGUCAAGUAUUGGGGUCAGCAACUUCUCAAUUAAGAAGCCAUCAGACCUGCUCAAGAUUACCAAAGAACCAUCUGCUGUCAAUCAGGCAUGUUCCCCUCUAAGAUCUCCUGGCUCUUUGGUUAACGAUUUGAAGGUGUGAAGUGGUGAACAAUAAAGGCCUGGAUCAAGCAAGAAGCAUCUCUUCUGUAGCAGAAAUAAUAAAAGCCCAUUGAAGGAUCGUCUAACUUUCAAAACUGCCAGUCCAAGGUGUAGGAAACCAGGCCAAUUUUGUGUUUGUUAAGGACUUCGGGACCGAUGACAAUGACUUUGUUAGAAUGGAGGUGAAGAGUCUCAAUGCAAGAAGGAUCGCUCUCAAAAAUCUCAAAGACUAGCUCAAUUUUUUUCAUGUGAGCUUUGUUUUAAUCUUUUCCCCUACUUCUAGGGUUUGCUUGCCAUUUUACUUGUUUUCAUUUGGUCCUAUUUGAUUGAUGAGAAAAUGAUGGAAAAUUUCCAUGGAAAAUGCAUCUUAAUGCUUAAUGUACCCUACCGCUUUAGCAUCACUUUCUUCAACCAAAUGGCAACGGCUGUAAAUGGCUACCUUUACUGGAUUGCAUGGAAACAAGAUCGUGCGAGGAGCAUUUGUGGUGUGAUCUUGUGUUUUGAUUUGGAGAGGGAGACACUAAGAGAGGAGACAUCUCUUUGUGGUCAGGGCAUAUUUUAUGAAGAUUACCAGUCAGUUCUAGCUGGAGAUGGCAAACGCAAUAAAUUCAUACGCGGUAUGCUUAGUCUUUUGGGGAAUUCUCUUUGUUUGGCUCGUACAUACGAUGAUAAAUAUCUUGAUUUGUUUAUAAUGGAGGAAAAUGAGAUGACAAAAACAAAAUACUGGGUUAAAUACGCUACAAUUAAUGUGCAGAAGCAACACUGUGUUUCCUCCUAUAUAUGUCACUAGAAAUGGAGAUAUGUUGGCAAAUGAACAAGACUAAACAAGAUUAUCAUUUUCUAUCCAGAUGGUUCUUCAUUAAAAAAGAAGGUUGCAAUUC